ACGCGCGUGCACAGCAGCGGCUGAGUGACACUACUGUCCACGGGGACCAUGGAGGAAGUGGGCAGCACCGGUGGAGUCAACACAUUGUGAUGUUGCUCAAUUGCACCAACUCGGACCGUUGCACCGGUCACAGUCGCAGUAAAACGAGGGUGACCCUGUGACCGUGACGCCGUUUAUCGUCUCGAAGUUCGCGUGAGGUGAGCGCGUCAGGCGUUAGCUUCCAGGCGAGUCGCUACUCCGGCGGGAAACCGUGGUUCUCAUAAUACGUGGCUGUCGGGCCUCUCUUGUUCACCUGUGCCGCUCGCGGUGACACUCCGGGGGGAGAAAAGUAAUCGACGACCAUGUGCUCGGUGGUGAGCAGAGUGAAACCGGUUCGCCGGGUUCUGGCUCUCGCGCUCCGACUCGGAGCGGACGCCGAGGGCUCGAGUGGCUCGGCAGCCCGGAGCGGGCGCUUCCGUCCCGCUGUUUGCGCUGGCGUCGACCCGCCGCCAGCUUCCGCCAGGCGGUACUGCACCAGGAUGGCCGCCGGCGACGGACCGCUCCUCAGACAGCUGUUUGAGGUGGAGAGCAGCACCUACACCUACCUGCUGGCAGACAGGGCAACCAAGGAGGCUGUACUCAUUGAUCCUGUCCUGGAGACCGUCGACCGGGACCUGAAGCUCAUACGUGAACUGGGGCUCAAUCUGACAGUGGCAGUAAACACCCACUGCCACGCGGACCACAUCACGGGCACCGGGCUGAUGAAGAAGCGACUGGUCGGCCUGAAGAGUGCUAUCUGCAAGUUCAGUGGUGCCUCUGCAGAUGUUCUCCUAUCAGAGGGCGACAAGAUCGCCUUUGGAAAACACUAUCUGACGGUGAGAGAGACCCCUGGACACACGGAUGGUUGUAUGACGCUGGUGUUGGAGGACCAGAGCAUGGCUUUCACUGGGGACACGUUGCUCAUCAGAGGCUGUGGCAGGACGGACUUCCAGCAGGGAAGCCCUGAGAUGCUCUACAAGUCUGUCCAUCAGAAGAUCUUCACCCUGCCCGACCAGUGCCUCGUUUACCCGGCGCACGACUACUUAGGUCAGACGGUGUCUACAGUCGGUGAGGAGCGGCAGUUCAACCCGCGCCUGACCAAGAGCCUGGAGGAGUUUGUGAACAUCAUGAAUAACCUGAAUCUUCGCAAGCCUGCAAAAAUAGCCUGACACCUCACUGAGAUGAUGCUUGUGGCCCCAUUUCUCCUUCUGAAUACAGAUUUCUUUCUCCCUACGCAGAAAUUGCAGUUCCUGCUAAUCUGGUUUGUGGAUUACAUGAAGUUUGAAUGAUCCGCAAAGGCAAGGUUUCUAAUCGAAUCGUCUACAUCUUAUAGCUCAGUGAUUGAGACUCACAGUACAUAGCUGUAACCAAAAGAUGGCCAUAUAGUUAUUUGUUUUAUGUAUGUAUAUAAAAGUAAGAGAUGUAUAUUUUAAGAGCUGUGGUAAAUGAUAGAUGGAUUGCAUUUAUGUAGAGCUUUUCUAGCCUUGUUGACAACUCAAAUUGCUUUACAGUAUGAGUAACACAUCCAUAAUGCGCUUCAAUAUCUAAUUCUUCCUGACCAGUGGACAAGCCGCUCAACCUCCUGGGGAGUGAAGCUACUGACAUCAUUGUGAUCAAACGCACAACCUUAAGUUUAGUUUUAACUGUUAAAACGAGUGCUAAGAAUUUGUGUAUGAGGAAGAACCACUAUUAAAUUCAUUUUGCAUUCCGAUUCGA